UUGGAUCCAAAUGAUUGUGACUUUUUCUUUGAUGAUUAUUGAGAAUCGUAAAUUGUUUGGUUUUAAUUAAUUAAAUUAAUUUGAUUUGAAAAGUUUAAAUUUUUUUCAUCGAUUUGGUAUUUUGUUAAUUCUUACAAUGGUUGUUGCCCAAGUAAAGGAGAAGAAUGUUAAACCUUUAGGUAAAAGUGAAACACCGGUUGAAAAGGAUGAACCUACUGAAGGGAACAGUGACUUGACGGUUUUGGAAGAAAUUAAAGAACAUGCUAAAUGUAUUGAGAAAUUUGUCAUCAAUAAAGAGCCUCGAUUUAUGUUACGAGUUAUCCGUGCUUUGGUUGCUACCCGGAAGAAGCUUAAUUCAAGAGUUUUGAUGAAAUUAAUCAAUGGUUUCUAUACGGUUUCAUCUGCUCAAAGAGAUACUCUUUUGGCUUUCAUUGAACAAGAGCCUAUGGAUGUUGACUCUUGUAAUCAAAUACCUUUUAAAGGGAGAACUGGUAAAGCAGCCUCAUCACCUCUUCUAAUUGAACUUGAUGUCUACCUUCAUUUACUUUUGCUUCUUCACUCUAUUGACUCUGGUAACCUCGACAGUGCUGUCAAAUGUUCAGAUCUUCUUAUGGCUAAACUUUCAAAUUCUCAAAAUCGUCGAACCUUGGAUUUAUUGGCAGCCAAAUGUACUUUCUACCAUUGUCGAGUUUAUGAAUUGACAAAUAAAUUUAACUUUGUCAAGAGUUUACUUCACAGUAGACUAAGAACUGCAACUUUGAGAAACGAUUACGAAGGGCAAGCUGUUUAUCUCAAUUGUUUACUUCGUUUAUAUUUGCAUUACAAUCUUUACGAUCAAGCCGCUAAAUUGGUCUCAAAAUCUGUUUUCCCUGAAGUUGCCUCCAUCAAUGAAUGGGCAAGAUUUUUGUACUAUCUUGGUAGAAUCAAGGCAAUUCAAUUGGAUUAUUCUGAAGCUCAUUCCAAUCUGGUUCAAGCGUUACGUAAAUCACCCCAACAAACUGCUGUUGGUUUUAAACAAACUAUCCAAAAACUAGCAAUCACGGUAGAGCUAUUAUUGGGAGAGAUUCCCGAUCGAUCUGUUUUUCGUCAACAAAUUUUCCGACGAGCUUUGGCUCCCUAUUUUCAACUAACCCAAGCUGUUAGAACUGGUAAUUUGGCUCGAUUUAAUGAAGUCUUGGAAAACUUUGGACCCAAAUUUGAAGCUGAUCAUACUUACACUUUGAUUAUUCGACUUCGUCAUAAUGUAAUCAAAACUGGAGUAAGAAUGAUUAACCUCUCCUAUUCACGUAUUUCUUUAGCUGAUGUAGCACAAAAGUUGAUGCUCGACUGUGCCGAAGAUGCUGAAUACAUUGUCGCCAAAGCGAUUCGUGAUCGAGUAAUCGAGGCAACAAUUGAUCACGAAAAGGGUUACAUGCAGUCAAAAGAAACAGUUGAUGUUUAUUGUACCGCUGAACCACAAGCCGCUUUCCAUCAGCGAAUCACUUUCUGUUUAGAUAUUCAUAAUCAAUCAGUUAAAGCAAUGAGAUUCCCUCCUAAGUCAUACAACGCUGACCUGGAAUCCGCCGAAGAAAGGAAAGAAAGGGAAAAACAAGACUUGGAAUAUGCCAAGGAAAUGUCUGAUGCCGAUGAUGAUGAAUUCUAAUUUUUUUACCAUGCAAUUUAUUAACUCUUAGAUAUAUAAUUAUAUCCAACAUUUAUAAUAAGAAACAAAAGCAAAGCCUCUGAAACAAUUAAGCGAGUGGUAAAUUUUGUUAGUGAAAAAAAACAACAACAUCAAACAAUUAAAUAAAUGGCUUCUGGUAUUAACAAGAAAAAAAAUAUCUAAAUCAAUCAAAAUUGUUCCAAUUAACCUUAAUUGCAGGAAAAUAUUGUUCUAUUAAUCUCCAAGAAAAGGCAACAAUUAAAACUGAUUGUUAUUCUAUA